AUGACUGUUCCUUAUCUAAAUUCAAACAGAAAUGUUGCAUCUUAUCUACAAACGCAUUCACAUCAAGAGAAGACACUGAAGGAGAGAUUUAGCGAAAUCUACCCCGUUCAUGCCCAAGACGUAAGGCAAUUCGUCAAAGAGCAUGGAAAGACAAAAAUUAGCGAUGUUUUAUUAGAGCAAGUAUAUGGUGGUAUGAGAGGCAUUCCGGGAAGUGUAUGGGAAGGUUCCGUUUUGGACCCAGAGGAAGGUAUCCGUUUCAGGGGUCGUACAAUUGCUGAUAUUCAAAAGGACUUGCCAAAGGCAAAGGGAAGCUCACAACCACUGCCAGAAGCUCUAUUUUGGUUAUUGUUAACUGGUGAGGUUCCUAGUCAGGCGCAAGUCGAAAAUUUAUCAGCUGAUUUAAUGUCCCGGUCGGAACUACCUAGUCAUGUCGUUCAACUUUUAGAUAAUUUACCAAAGGAUUUACACCCAAUGGCUCAAUUUUCUAUAGCGGUAACAGCUCUUGAAAGCGAAUCCAAGUUUGCCAAGGCCUAUGCUCAAGGCAUUUCCAAGCAAGACUAUUGGAGCUACACUUUUGAAGACUCAUUAGAUUUGCUGGGGAAACUACCAGUUAUUGCAGCCAAAAUUUAUCGUAACGUUUUCAAAAAUGGUAAAAUGGGUGAAGUGAAUCCAGAGGCAGACUAUGCGAAGAAUUUGGUCAACCUAAUAGGUUCAAAGGAUGAAGAUUUCGUAGACCUAAUGAGGCUUUAUCUGACGAUCCACUCAGAUCACGAGGGCGGUAAUGUAUCUGCCCAUGCAUCUCAUCUUGUGGGUUCUGCGUUGUCAUCUCCUUAUUUGUCCCUUGCGUCAGGUUUGAAUGGGUUGGCCGGUCCAUUGCAUGGACGUGCCAAUCAAGAAGUGCUAGAAUGGUUAUUUGCACUCAAGGAAGAAGUAGAUGAUGACUACUCUAGAGAAACUAUUGAAAAAUAUCUAUGGGAUACUCUAAAUUCAGGGAGAGUCAUUCCAGGCUAUGGACAUGCUGUGCUUAGGAAAACAGACCCCCGUUAUAUGGCUCAGCGUAAGUUUGCUAUGGACCAUUUCCCGGAUUAUGAAUUAUUCAAGUUAGUCUCGUCAAUAUAUGAGGUAGCUCCAGGCGUACUAACCGAACACGGUAAGACUAAGAAUCCAUGGCCAAACGUAGAUGCGCACUCUGGUGUCUUAUUACAAUAUUACGGUCUAAAAGAAUCUUCUUUCUACACCGUUUUAUUCGGUGUGUCAAGGGCAUUUGGUAUUCUUGCCCAGUUAAUUACUGACAGAGCCAUUGGUGCCUCUAUUGAAAGACCUAAGUCCUAUUCUACUGAGAAAUACAAGGAAUUGGUCAAGAACAUUGAAAGCAAACUAUAG